GAGAGAGCCGUGAGGCCAAUAUGGCUGCCUGUACCUGGUGACGAUUGAAGCUGAAUUUGGGUCUCAUGGAGAAGCCUCGGAGCCUUGAGGAGACGCCCUCUUUGGAACCAAUGGAAGAAGAAGAGGAAGAUGAUGACUUGGAGCUGUUUGGUGGCUAUGAUAGUUUCCGGGGUUAUAAUAGCAGUGUGGGUAGUGAGAGCAGCUCCUAUCUGGAGGAGUCAAGUGAAGCAGAAAAUGAGGAUCGAGAAGCAGGAGAGCUGCCCACCUCCCCACUACAUCUGCUCAGCCCGGGGAAUACUCGCUCCUUGGAUGGCAGUGGUUCUGAGCCAGCUGUCUGUGAGAUGUGUGGCAUCGUGGGCACAAGGGAAGCUUUCUUCUCCAAGACCAAGAGAUUCUGCAGCGUUUCCUGCUCCAGGAGCUACUCUUCCAACUCCAAGAAAGCCAGUAUCUUGGCUAGAUUACAGGGAAAGCCACCCACCAAGAAAGCCAAAGUCCUGCACAAGGCUGCCUGGUCUGCCAAAAUUGGAGCCUUCCUUCACUCUCAAGGGACAGGGCAGCUAGCAGAUGGGACACCAACAGGACAAGAUGCUCUGGUUUUGGGGUUUGACUGGGGGAAGUUCCUGAAGGAUCACAGUUACAAGGCUGCACCUGUCAGCUGCUUUAAACACGUCCCACUCUACGAGCAGUGGGAGGAUGUCAUGAAGGGGAUGAAGGUGGAAGUGCUCAACAGUGAUGCCGUGCUCCCCAGCCGGGUGUACUGGAUCGCCUCUGUCAUACAGACAGCAGGGUAUCGGGUGCUGCUUCGGUAUGAAGGCUUUGAAAAUGAUGCCAGCCAUGACUUCUGGUGCAACCUGGGCACAGUGGAUGUCCAUCCCAUUGGCUGGUGCGCCAUCAACAGCAAGAUCCUGGUGCCUCCACGCACCAUUCAUGCCAAGUUUACUGAUUGGAAGGGUUACCUCAUGAAGCGCUUGGUGGGCUCCAGGACACUUCCAGUGGAUUUCCAUAUCAAGAUGGUGGAGAGCAUGAAGUACCCCUUUCGGCAGGGCAUGCGCCUUGAAGUUGUGGACAAGGCCCAGGUGUCCCGGACCCGCAUGGCUGUGGUGGACACAGUCAUCGGGGGCCGCCUGCGGCUCCUCUACGAGGACGGCGACAGUGACGAUGACUUCUGGUGCCACAUGUGGAGCCCCUUGAUUCACCCUGUGGGCUGGUCACGGCGUGUCGGCCACGGCAUCAAGAUGUCAGAGCGGCGAAGCGACAUGGCACAUCAUCCCACCUUCCGGAAAAUCUACUGUGAUGCUGUUCCUUACCUGUUCAAGAAGGUACGCGCAGUGUACACAGAAGGCGGCUGGUUCAAGGAGGGGAUGAAGCUGGAGGCCAUUGACCCCCUGAAUUUAGGCAACAUCUGUGUGGCAACCAUCUGCAAGGUUCUCCUCGACGGCUACCUCAUGAUCUGCGUGGACGGGGGCCCCUCCACGGAUGGCUCCGACUGGUUCUGUUACCACGCCUCCUCCCACGCCAUCUUCCCCGCCAACUUCUGUCAAAAGAAUGACAUUGAGCUCACCACCCCUAAAGGCUACGAUCCCCAGACUUUCAACUGGGACACGUAUUUGGAGAAGACCAAGUCAAAAGCGGCUCCAUCGCGACUCUUCAACAUGGACUGUCCCAACCAUGGCUUCAAGGUGGGCAUGAAGCUGGAGGCCGUGGAUCUGAUGGAGCCUCGGCUUAUCUGUGUGGCCACCGUGAAACGAGUUGUGCACCGGCUCCUUAGCAUCCACUUUGAUGGCUGGGACAGCGAGUAUGACCAGUGGGUGGACUGCGAAUCCCCGGAUAUCUACCCUGUUGGUUGGUGUGAGCUCACAGGCUACCAGCUCCAGCCACCCGUGGCCACAGAACCAUCCACCCCUCUGAAAGCCAAAGAGGCUACGAAGAAGAAGAAGAAGCAGCUUGGGAAGAAAAGGAAAAGAAUUCUACAGACCAAACCCCGGCCCCUCAGACAGGGCUCCAAGAAGCCCCUGUUGGAUGACGAGCUGCAGGCCGCAGGCGCGAUCUCGUCACAGGCCGUUCCUGACGACAUCAUCACGGUGUGUGUGAAGGAAGAGCACGUAGACGCAGCCUCGCCCGACAAGGCUUCGGAACCUGAGCUUCCUGUCCCCGUCAAGAGCAUCAAGCAGGAGACCGACAGCUGAGCUCCACCGCCAGCCUGGCCCCUUGCUGGAAGCGGACGGGGCCUGGCUCCCUGCUGCCACCCACACACACACUCGAGUCUGCUCCCAGAGCCUGUGUGGUGUGUGGAGGCCACAUGUGGUAAAGGACCUGCCUCUGCCAGCUCAUGACCGCGCGGCCCGGGGCCCCACCCGUCCAAGCGAUCCUCCUGCAGCCUGAGCCCCCCAAAGCGGUCACACUGGCCGCACCCUCUCUGCUGCACCCUCUACACAGGGCUGAGACAAGAUGGUAUGGGAUUUGCUUGUGUACGUGUCCAAGCAGAUGCCCAGCGUGGAGGCCC